GGGAAUCCGGUACGAGUGACAGGACAUGAACCCGCUCCUGCUCCCUGUGUGUUUGGGGUUCGUGGUCGCCCUGCCGCCGGUACAGAAUGCCAAGGAGAGCCGGUUUAGUGAGCAGGACGCGGCGCAUUACAGGGAUCGAGUGAAGUCCAUGUUUUAUCACGCUUACAACAAUUACCUGGAGAAUGCCUUCCCGUAUGAUGAGUUGCGACCUCUUACCUGUGAUGGACAAGAUACGUGGGGCAGUUUUUCUUUGACAUUAAUUGAUGCUCUGGAUACGUUACUAAUAAUUGGGAACAUCACUGAGUUCAAGAGGGUUGUGAAUGUUCUACAGGACACACUGGAUUUUGAUAUUGAUGUGAAUGCUUCAGUGUUUGAGACCAAUAUUCGAGUGGUUGGAGGUCUCCUGUCUGCUCAUCUCCUUUCCAAGAGAGCUGGCCUGGAGCUAGAAGCUGGAUGGCCUUGCUCAGGACCCCUACUUAGGAUGGCAGAGGGAGCUGCCCGCAAACUACUUCCAGCAUUUGACACGUCUACAGGGAUGCCUUUUGGGACCGUGAACCUUUUGAAUGGAGUCAAUCCAACAGAAACCCCUGUGACCUGCACAGCCGGCAUCGGAACCUUUAUUAUUGAGUUUGCCACCCUGAGUCGUCUGACUGGGGACCCGGAGUUUGAGAGGGUAGCAAAGCGUGCACUCGGAGGAUUAUGGGAGAGCCGCUCUGAGAUUGGACUAGUGGGAAACCAUAUCGAUGUCAUGACAUCCAAGUGGGUUGCCCAGGAUGCUGGCAUAGGAGCUGGCGUUGACUCGUACUUUGAAUAUCUUGUUAAAGGGGCAAUUCUGCUGCAGGAUGAAGAGCUGAUGUCUAUGUUUUUGGAAUACAACAAGGCCAUCCAGAACUUUACCAAGUACGAUGACUGGUACGUGUGGGUGCAGAUGUAUAAGGGCACGGUGUCCAUGCCAAUAUUCCAGUCUUUGGAGGCCUUCUGGCCAGGAUUGCAGAGCCUGUUUGGGGACAUUGGUAGUGCCAUGAGAACAUUUCACAAUUAUUACACUGUGUGGAAACAGUUUGGAGGAUUGCCGGAGUUCUACAAUAUUCCUCAAGGGUUCACUGUGGAUAAACGAGAAGGCUACCCGCUCCGGCCAGAGCUCAUAGAAAGUGCAAUGUAUCUGUACAGGGCCACUCGGGACCCCACGCUGUUAGAGCUUGGGAGAGAUGCUGUGGAAUCCAUCGAAAGAAUUAGCAAAGUUGACUGUGGGUUUGCUACCAUUAAAGAUGUCCGUGAUCACAAACUCGAUAAUCGAAUGGAAUCUUUCUUUCUUGCGGAAACCAUCAAAUAUCUGUAUUUACUGUUUGACCCAGACAACUUCAUCCACAACGAUGGCUCAAGCUUUGAUUUGGUGAUGACACCCUACGGGGAGUGUGUCUUAGGGGCAGGGGGCUAUAUCUUUAACACGGAAGCCCACCCCAUUGACCCCGCAGCCCUUCACUGCUGUCACAGGGACACUAAAGAGCAGUGGGAGGUGGAAGAUCUUGUGAGAGAAUUUUUCUCAAUCAAGAGGACGGAGAAAUUAAGAAAUCCAGACCCUGGAAAUAAUGGCCAGCAAGAUCCCAGCACCUCUGACUCCCACAACAGAACAAGCGCUAAAAGGACUUCACUGCUUAGUUGCCCUAGUCAACCAUUCAGUUCUAAACUUUCCAUUUUUGGCCAAGUGUUUCUGGACUAAUAUUGGCAGAUCUGUCAGAUUUUUCAAGACUUUGUCCUCAUUACUGGGCUUUCCACCAACUGCAUACAUUGUGCUAUUAUUGAGUACAUUUGAGUAUGUUUUAGGUGAAAUUUAUGAGGAUUGGAAGGCUUUCUGUUUGAACGCAGAUAUAAAAAGUACAUUUUUUGUUCUUGUAUUUGUUAGAACAAUCUGUGUUUUAUAUCGUUGUACAUAAUUUGUGACCUUUUAAAGAACGUGUAUGUGACUCUGA